AUGGCUGGCCACAUGUUGAUGAGGGUGGCAUGUGGUGGCAGGCUGCUCAGGAGUGUUUCCAAGAAGUGGGGAGUCCUCAGUGCUAAUAGUGAUGUGAAGUGUUUACCAUCCAGAAGUUAUUCUUUACAAGAAAAAGAAAGUCAAACCAGUCAUGGAGUGGGUGAAAAUGAAUUUGUUGCACCCCCAAGCAGCCCUCCUGAUGCCUCCACACCCCAGCACAUCCCUGUCAUGGCAGAGGAGGUGCUGGAGUUCCUGGCACCACAGGACGGCAGUGUGAUCUUAGACAUGACCUUCGGGGGCGGCGGCCACUCCCGGCGGCUGCUGGCAGCCUGUCCUGGGGUGCGCUUGGUGUGCCUGGAUCGGGAUCCCCUCGCUCACCGCCUCGCUCUGACCCUGCAGCAGGAACACCCCCAGCAGGUCCUGCCACUGCUGGGGAGGUUCAGCGACUUACCAACACUGCUGACAAGACUCAAAAUAAAGCGAAGUUUUUUUGACGGAGUGCUGAUGGACCUUGGGGUGUCGUCCAUGCAAUUUGGCACAGCAGAGCGGGGCUUCAUGCUGAGCCAAGAUGGCCCCUUGGACAUGCGCAUGGAUGGAGGCAGGCAGCCUGAGCAGAUCACAGCAGCAGAUGUGUUGGCCCACAUUGAUGAAGGUUCCCUGUACAAGGUGCUCAAGUUCUAUGGGGAGGAAAAGAAUGCUCGCCUGCUGUCCCGGGCACUGGUGGAGUCCCGCUACAUGUUCCAGCGCCUGGACACCACUCAGGGGCUGGCCAACAUGGUGUCCUCCCUGCUGGAAGGCAUGACACGCACUGACAAGCUGGGCCGCCAUGCCCAUCCUGCCACCAAGACCUUCCAGGCCCUCAGGAUUCUGGUGAACAACGAACUCAAUGAGCUGGACUAUGCCAUGCGCCUGGCCCACUACUAUCUGCGGCCCAAGGGAGUGCUGGUGGCAAUAUCCUUCCAUUCCCUUGAGGACACCAUUGUCAAGCGUCAUCUGCAAGGCGUGGACUUGGACCACACCCCUGCCACCAUUGGCCUGGGGUUGGCCAAGCACCGCACGGCCCUCUCCACCUACACAAAAGAUGAGAUGGAGAGGAUCACCACCAAGGCCUGGAAGCAGCUCACCAAGCAUGUGGUUCUUCCCUCUGAGGAAGAAGUGACCAGCAACCCAAGAGCCAGGUCUGCCAAGCUGCGAUCUGCCCUUCGCCUGUAGCUGUGAGCUAUGCCAGAUGCAGCUGAGAGGGUUGGAAGUCCCAGGGAGCAGGAGGAAGUGGUAGCAGAAGUUAAGGGAUAACUUGGAAUGACCCAGGAUGUAGGUAACAGUGACUAGAGCCAUGUGGGUAGCUGGGAGUGACUGGAAACAUCUGGGCACUCACAAAAGUAAUGGCUGGUAGGGAAGAGCAGGAUGUCAGAGUCAGACGUAUGUGUGUGUCUCAGGGUUUCCCUUUGAGGAGUGUGAUAUUGCCAUCCAUGAAUAGUAUUGUGAAGUAUGUCAGGGCCUAUUUGUUUGGAAGUGUGGGAUGCCAUGACAGCUUAUGAGUCACGAGGAGUCCAUGUAUUACUGAGUCUGCACCAGAGCUUUGAAGGUUUGGUGUGGCCCAGCUGAAUAAGAGUCACUAUAAUAAGCAACAAUCAUUUGAAGUCCCCAUCUAGUUUUUAUAAAGCAAACAUUAUGAUAAUACAAAAUAUCUAUCUAUCUUUUUACAUACCAGACCAGCAGUCCCAUACAGGGCGGCCCACACACUCAUAAACAAUAUUCACGCUCUUAGCCUGUCAGCCCGUCGGAAAGGGAUUAUCUCAUGGACCAUCCUACUAUACACUACACCUCAGGAGCUUAGGCAUAGCACAACUGGUCACAUACUUCCACAGCAAGGUCAGAUAGCAUACAAUGGUGUGCACCUGCCCCUUCACAAUGAGACCACUCUCUACAUACAUAAUAUACAUCAGAAAAAUGUUAAUGAAGUUAUGAUACCCUCUUUAAGAACCUUAGGAAACAGGAACUAAUGUAAAGGGCGACCAUGAGAGGGACACUGGAUCCGACUCUUGACAGGACACUCAGGGUAACAUGAAACAAGCACAUUACCAAGACUUACCAAUGCUUGAGUGGGUUUUGGUUGGCCUUGACUGUCUGGCCACAACAGUAAAUGCAGUGUUUUGUGUUGGCUGGUGAGAAAAGUGACUGGUUUGUUCACUGUACACAUGAAGUGUGAUGAUUUAGGUUCUGUUGUGGCGUGCUGGUGUGAUCCUAGCGGCAUGGAGUCUUAGCAAUCUAGAUAACUCAUGAGUAGUCAGUCUGUGAGGGAAGUGGCUGCUGUGUUGUAAGAUAUUUGUAAAUAAAAAGGGCUAUGAACUCGUAA